AAUAUUCUAACAUUAAGUGAGGAGUCUUAAAAUUCUGGCCAUUGGCAGCAAUUAUAAGAUGAGGUUUCCUUCAAUAGAUUGAAAUGAUCAAAAAUAAUUGGUAGCUGGGCGUGAUGACAUACACUCAUGAGUUUGAGGCCAGCCUGAGCUACACAGUGAGAUCCUGUCUCAAAAAUAAGAUAAUUUAUAUAUUAUGUUCAUUAUAUGCAUGAUGCAUGUAUACAUGCUAGUGUGUUUAAAUCUUCACUUUGCUUAAUGUAGCUCUAUUUGUAGGUAAUGGAAAAGGUGGAGAAUCAAUUUAUGGUGGCUAUUUUAAAGGUAAGGCUUUAUAUUUUAUGGUCUUUACAGUUCUGAUGUUAAAGCAAGUCAAGUUUGGUCAUAUACCUUUAAUGAAGAGAGGCUUACUUAUAUAUAGUUCACUUUUUGCAUGAAACUAAUGCUGCAUGAAAAUACUUUUAUUUGCAUGAAUUUGGGGAUCAAUUUUAUUGUAAUCUAUAACUUAAUUGACAAGAUUAAUUAAGGCUAACUUUAUGGUUAAACAUGACUUUCAGCAUGGAGGUUAGGCAAACUAUAUACAUGAAAACUCCUAUCUUCCUGCCUAAAACUGUCAACAUAUUCUUUUGUUUAUAGAGAAUGUGGUCUUUUGCAAAAUGAAAAGAUGAAAACUUUAUUCUCAAACAUGACAGAGCGUUCCUUUUGUCAAUGGCAAAUCGAGGGAAACAUACCAAUGGUUCUCAGUUUUUCAUUACUACGAAACCCGCUCCACACUUGGAUGGGGUACAUGUUGUCUUUGGCCUGGUGAUCUCUGGUUUUGAGGUUAUUGAACAAAUUGAAAAUCUGAAAACAGAUGCAGCAAGCCGACCAUAUGCAGAUGUGCGAGUUAUUGACUGUGGGGUGCUUGCUGCCAAAUCCGCCAAAGAUGUUUUUGAGAAAAAAAGGAAGAAAGCAAUGCAUUCAGAAGACUGGGCUUCUUCUCCAAGCUCCUCCUCGUCUUCAGAGUCAUCCUCCGACAGUGAGAGUGAGCGCGGGAGAAGCAGAAGACGGAAGCGGAAGAGGAGGCCAAAAGUUAAACAUGCAAAAAAGCGACGAAAGGACGCCAGCAGCUCAGAGGAGCUGAGGAACACACAUAUAAUGAGCCCAAAAGGUCACUCUGAGAGAAGCGAAGCCAAUGAGAAGAAGUCGGUGGAGUCCAGUGCCAAAAGGGAGAAGCCUGUGGUCCGCCCAGAAGAGAUCCCUCCGGUGCCCGAGAACCGGUUCUUACUGAGAAGAGACAUGCCUGUGGUGGUCGUGGAGCCUGAGCCGAACACUUCAGAUGUUACACCCAUUGUAAGUGAUCAGAAACCAUCUGUAUCAAAAUCUGGACGGAAGAUUAAAGGAAGGGGCACAAUUCGCUAUCACACACCUCCACGGUCAAGGUCAUGUUCUGAGUCAGAGGACGAUGACAGCAGUGAAACACCACCUCACUGGAAAGAGGAAAUGCAGAGACUAAGAGCCUACAGACCACCAAGUGGAGAGAAAUGGAGUAAAGGCGAUAAGCUGAGCGACCCCUGUUCGAGCCGAUGGGAUGAACGAAGCCUGUCCCAGAGGUCCCGGUCGUGGUCCUACAACGGCUACCAUUCCGAUCUCAGCGCGGCGAGACACUCGGAGGGCCCCCCCAAGAGGCGCCGGAAGGAGAAAAAGGGGAAGCACCGGAAGAAAGCCAAGAAGCAGAAGCACUGCCGCCGCCACAAGCAGGCCCGGAGGAGGAAGGCGGCCCCGCCGGUGGACGCGGCCUCGCCCAGGGCCUCGGGUCGCCGGGCGCGGCCCCCCUGCGGCCGGGAAGGCCAGUCUCGCUCCUCCUCGGCGUCGUCCCGACCCUCCUCGGAGACAGCGUGGUCCAGGUCGGAGCGGGAGGCGCGCGGCUCCUCGGCCGGCUCCAGCCGGGACUCUUACAAAUCCAAGUCUCGCUGCUCCGGGUCGGACUCGCCGUCGAGGGCCGCCUCCAAGUCCCCCUCGCACCGCUCCCACAGCAGAUCCAGGUCCAGCCGCAGUUCGGCGUCGGGCCCGCGGAGGGUGACCAGGGCGCCAGGCCCGCCCACCGAGGGCCUCCCGGCGCACGCCGAGCCCCUGAGGGCCGCAGCCGCGCAGGUCGGCAGCGCGGCGGGGCCGCCCGCGGUGGCGGAGACCCUCCCCGUCAUCCCCCUGAGCGACAGCCCGCCCCCGUCGCGGUGGAAGCCCGGACAGAAGCCCUGGAAGCCCUCCUACGAGCGGAUCCAGGAGAUGAAGGCCCGCGCCGGACACCUGCUCCCCGGCCCAGGCGCCUGCGGCCUGGCGCGCUGCGCCGCCGGAAGCGGAAGCGCGACCUCCCGUCGGAAACGAGGGCGGGACUCGGACAGCGAGCGCAGCGCCCUCUCGAGGUACAGCGGCGGCCGGAGCUCCGCGGGGUCACGCGGGUCGGGGAGCCGCACGUCCCGGAGCCGGUCUUCCUCGCGGUCCUACUCCAGGUCGAGGUCCCGCAGCCCGGCCAGCUCUCGCUCCCGCUCCCGCUCGUCCGCAUCCCGCUCGCGUCGGGAGCGCAGCGACGACUACAGCCGCUCGUCCUCGUUCACGUCCGCAAGCAGCCAUGGUGGGAGGCGCACCCCGAGGACGCGAGGGUCCGGCGGGAAGAAGCGCGGCCGCGGCGGCUCGCGGAAGGCCCUCGGGAGAAAACCCGCCCGGGGCCGGGGCCGGCGCCGGAGACCCCGCAGCGAGAGCGGGUCGUGGUCGGCGUGCUGCUCCUCGGACAGCGAGCAGGCCUCCGCGCCGCCGGCCCGGGGGAGGGGGAGGCCGGAGCUGAGAGCCGCGCGCCCGCGGGCCGCCAGGCGGGCCUGGAAGGAGAGCCCCGCGGGGCCGCCGCGCGCCGGGGCCCGCCGGAAGGACUACGCCGAGAGCAAGUGGGACGCGGAGUCGGACGCCGAGCCCGAGGCGGGCUCGCCGGACAAGCCCGAUCCCCGCCGGCUGUCGGAGAAGGAGGAGGGGGAAGCCAGCUCGGACUCGGAGGAGGCCGGCGGCCUGCCCGUCGGGGCCCGGCGCCCCACGACCUCCCCCCGGCCCGGGGACCGCGCCACCCAGCCCGGCUGUGGCCCGGUCUCGGCCUCGGACUCAGAGGGCGCCCCGGGCCCCGAGCGCGGCGGGGGAAAGGCCCCGAGGCCCGGCCGCGGGGCCCAGCUCAACCGCAAGGGGAAGGAGAAGCUCAGGGCCAAGAAGGACCGCGCGCCGCGGGCCCCGAAGCGGAGCCAGGCGUUCCAUUGGCAGCCGCCGCUCGAGUUCGGUGACGAGGAGGAGGAGGAGGCGGCGGUCGAGAAGCACGACCAGCCAGCCCCGCGGGGCGCCAAGGGCACGCCCGAGGCUUCCGGGCACGGCGGGCCCCGGGACGGGGCUCCCCCGCCUGAGGAUGCGCACGACCCGGGGGCAACGGCCGCGACCCAGGAGCUGGCCCCCUGCUCCCCGGCCACCCCCAAGCCCGGCGGGGAGCAGGACGCCGUCCGGACGGACGACAACAUGGAGAUGUGCACCCCCGAGCGGAGCUCCCCGCCGGCCCCGUCCCAGCCCGGCACCCCGGAGUCCAGCCGCGUCCUCCGUCAGGAAGCGCCUGCGGGGCCCCCCGACCCCGAGGGGACCCCGCCAGAGAGCGGCUUGGGGAGACCGGCCGGAGCCAAGGAGAGUCCUGGAAAGAAGGAGGAGGCAGAGAAGAGCAAGUGGAAGCCCGUGCGCGGCGUGGGGAACGUGGCGGCCCCGUUGAGCGCCGGGGAGGGGCGCGGGGCGCCGCCGCCGCCGCCGCCCGCCGAGGCCCGGCCGCAGGGCCUGCGGAUCGAGAUCAAGAGCAAGAGCAAGGUGCGGCCUGGCUCGCUCUUCGACGAGGUCCGCAAGACGGCGCGCCUGAACCGGCGGCCCCGCAACCGCGAGAGCUCCAGCGAGGAGCCCACGCCUGGCCGCUCCCACUCGCACUCGCACUCGCGCUCGGCCAGCGCCAGCCGAUCGCGGAGCCCUUCGGAGCCCUCGGCGCGGCGCCGCACUCGCACGCGGUCCGCCUCCUACAGCCGGAGCCGGAGCCGGAGCCCAUCCCGGAGCUCCACCUCGUCCUACCGAUCGAGGAGCUACUCCAGGAGCCGGAGCAGGGGACGGUAUGGGAGAGGUCGAACCCGCAGUCGGAGCAGUUCCUACUGCAGUUACAAGAGUCACAGGACAUCCAGCCGGAGCCGAUCUGCCAGCAGCUCAUCGGGCGCCCACAGCCGCUCCAGGUCCUACUCUUACGACAGCUACUACAGCCGGAGCCGCAGCCAUAGCUGGAGCCCGAGCCGCAGCCGCAGCCACCGGAGCAGCAGCUACCACCGAGGCCGGAGCUACCACCGAUCCAGGACUCGCCGGUCCUAUGGCUCUGACAGCAGAAGUGACUGCAGCUACUCCCAUCGCCGGAGCCCCAGCGAGAGCAGCCGAUACAGCUGAAAAUGGCCUUUUUCAGACAAAAAGCUUAUCUUCAUUGUAAAUAUCUGGUAACUUUUUAAAAGUUUACGAAACGUGAAACGUCCUGGCCAUCUCUUGUUCUGCUUAAGUAUCGGGAAUGAGUUUCAAAGGCCGAUUCUGGCUCAGUGUCAUGCGUUCCUUUACAUAUUGGGUAGAAGAACGGAACAUACAGACAGCUCUCCUAGAGAGAUUUUUAUGCCACAUUUUGCAAUAGCCAACCGUGGAAGUUUCGUUUUUCUUGAAUCAAGAAGUGGUGAGAUUUCUGUAAGUAUUCAUUUGUAAUAUUUCAGAGAAGACUAGGUAGGGGCUCAUCUCACAGAUUCCUUCGAAUUCAGAAGGAAUUCUUGACCUGUUUGAAGUUUGGGGCUCCUGUUGCUGCCAGGCACGGAACUAUGAAGGUGCUGCGAGCCAGACGGAGCUCACCUCCAAAACCCACCAGCCAGUGCCCCAUAGCCGUGGCGCCGUCACCUCAGGCCACUGGCUGCGUUAACUGGUACCUUCCUCCUUUUCUGUGUUUGAGGAUGGAUGGAGAAAGGGGUCACCAGACCACCCCCGAUCCGCAUUGCUUCCGCCUUAACUACAUCUGCACUGUCUCCACAGAGCUACUAUACACACGUGCUUUUUGAAUAACAAACAGCAUUGGAAGUUUCGGUUGGUAGAAACCAAUUCUAGCCCAGCUCCCGUUUUGGUGCCUGGAAAUCUUUUGGUGCCUUUUUUCUUUAAAGCAUUAUCCUUUACCUAGCAGAUGUUAAAAAGACUGGAAGAGAGAAUAUGAAUUUUUGUUUUUUUCUUUAUUCACUGGCACCUAGAAUGGUUUCUUCUGAGCUGGCUUCACUUUGACUAUUGGAGGGAGCUCCUCUCAGCACACAACGGCCCCCGGUGGGAAGGGGGUCCUGCCGCGCGUGCGUAUUGAUAACACAUGGAUGGUGGGUUGGACUUGUCCUGCCAUGCCACGACACCCUACAGCUUUCCUGCCCCACACCACGGCACAGUUUAUCCUGUUCCACCAAGACCCACGCUGGGCCCAGCGAAGCCCUGCCUGACCUGAGUGAACCCCAGCCAAGAAAAGAGGGGUGCAGGGUACUGUACUGCCUCCGGCUUUCCUCCCAAUGGCUGGUGGGGUUUCUCCUCUUUCAAGUCUCUUCAUCUUCCCCAAGUGUACUUAAAUCACCUCAGUGCCAACCUAGCCCGCCCGUGCAGAAGAAACUCCCAUGGAAUAUGUGCCACGGACGCCCGUACCACCGUGCCCCCGGCCUCUUCCUGGUGUGUCUGACCCUCGGCGAAGAGGCACCCCAAGACCUGGACACACAGAGGAAGUGACAUUGGAUGUCUUGAGCAUAGCCCCAGGGUAGAGAAUGGAUCCGGGAUAUCCAAAGCCCUGCAUUCAAUUGCCAGCGUCAAAAAACAAGCAAGUAAAUGAAACCUGUGGCCCAUAGGAGGUAGAUGAACAGAUCAGGAGGUGACUGCUACGCCAAACCAACUCCUAGAUCCAGCCCUCGAAGUGAAGAACCAGCUACUCCUGGACUGCUGUAAUAGGUUUCUUGUGGCUGUGGGGAGGGGACAAAAAAAUCCCCCCAACUCAAGCGAGCUGAGAGAGCCCCACGUGUCAAUUCUCAGCCUUGCUGUGUGUUCAGGGGGCCUCGCAGCUUCCUGUGCUCUGGACAUCACACUAGCAGUGGGCCUGUGCACCCCUCGGUUACUCACGCUCCAGUCUACCUACCUUCUUCCUUCUGUGUUGCUGUUUGGUUUGGUUUGGGUGAGUUCUUUGGGUUUUUUUAUUC